ACUUAUUAAGAUUGGAACAUGUUUGGUUUGGUUUUUUCAUCUAUAAAAGAGUCUCUUCCAAGGAUCUUCAAGGAGAAUAUUAUCUCUCUCCUAAAAUUCUCCAAUUUCGUAUGGGUAAUUAUGGUAAUUGUGACUGUGACCCAAAUUGAUUUCAUUGAUGUGGCUUAAACUUAUGGAUUCUGAUCGUCAAAGAAAGCCCUCAGAAAACUUAGUUCAUUCUAGAUUCUUCCUCUCUGGUUUCUAUUGCUGGGAUUGGGAAUUCUUAACCGCUCUUCUUCUCUUCAGUUGUUCUUUCUAGACAGAAAUUUUCUUCUUUUUUAUUAUUAUUUUCCUUGAGGAUAUAUUAUUAGGGAUAAUUAAUUAGGUGAAGGGUAAAUCGGGAAGAAAAAAUGUCGCAGCGAUCGGUGCCGGCGCCGUUUUUGACGAAGACGUAUCAGAUGGUGGAUGAUUUUGCGACGAAGGAUGUGAUAUCAUGGAAUGAAAGUGGCGAAAGUUUUGUUGUUUGGAAACAUGCGGAUUUUGCAAGGGAUUUGCUUCCUAAGUAUUUUAAACACAAUAAUUUCUCCAGCUUUGUUCGCCAGCUCAACACAUAUGGAUUCCGAAAAGUUGUGGCAGACAAAUGGGAAUUCGCAAACGAAAAUUUCAAACGAGGCCAGAAAGAUCUCCUCACCGAAAUCAAACGCCGCAAAACCGUAUCACAACCGUCGUCACAUCCUCCAGAAACCGAAAAAACCAACGCCAACGGCAACAACUCUCCUUCAAACUCCGACGACAUCAACGGAGUCGGAUCCACCUCCACAGUCCGAUCAACCUCUUCCUCCAAUUCAAAAAACCCCGGAUCAGUAGAAACAACACUUCCACAGUGCGUCAAUUUAUCGUCCGAGAACGAGAAACUGAAAAAGGAAAACGAGAUAUUGAGUUGGGAGUUAGCACGUGCGAAGCACAAGUGCGAUGAGUUGGUGUCUUUUCUAAAAGACCGUUUAAACGUGGGACCCGAUCAGAUCGAUCGCAUUAUGAAAGAAAGAAACUGUGAACCGGUUCAAAAUGCGGUUGGUGAAGGUGAAGAAAAUGGAAGAGAUAGUUUGAAACUGUUUGGUGUUUGGUUGAAAGAAGAAAACUAUACAGAGAAAAGAAACAAUAAUAAAAAAAGAAUUUGUGAACAACAAUUGGACUUCGGUGGGCCCAGGGCUAAAGUGACAAACAAUGUUGUUGACUUUAGUGCUGUCAAUGUUGUGAACAUGAUGAAAAGUGGCAAGAUUGCCACCUUUUACAAAUAGAAUUACUUUUUUUUUUAAUGGACAAAAUUAAAAUAAAAGUGUCAUCAUGAAAAAUGAUAAGAUCACUGGUUGGGUACAAAGAGAAAAAUUGCUACCCAAUAUUUCUUUUAUGUGUUCAAGAAGUUCUGUUAAUUUUUAUUUACUAUAGGUAAUAUACUUGUAUGAAUAUUAGUUCAGAGUUGUUGUAAAGCAGGUACAAAUAAUCGACCUAUGACUUUUUAGGAUAAUCAUAAAAAUAGUUGUUGGUAUUA